AGAGAGUUAGCAACACUGGCUAACGUUGACAUUUGACAUAUAAGUUUAACACGGAAAUUUGUAAAAUUGAAAAUAGAAUUGGUUAUUUAAACUACCCAUUAUAUCUGUUGCGAAAAUCUUAAUCCUUAUAUUUAAUAUCACGAAAAUUUACUAAAAAAUAAAUAUUACAACCGUCAAUAAUGGCCAACAAUGAGAAACCAGGGGAUGGAUUGAGAUCAGUGCGCUCAACAACAGCCUUCAGACUAAUAAAUUUUGAAUUAUACGCUAAGCCUAACAUAGUCAUUAUGAGCAUUGGUCUUGCAUGCUUUGGUCUGACACUUGGGUACAUUGCUUAUAUGAGAAAAAAAUAUGAAGGAAUGGGUUAUUACGCAGCUGUUGAUGAAAAUGGUAAAGAAAUAUUUGAAAAAAAGAAGUCAAAGUGGGAUUGAUGUUGAGUAAUUUAUUAUUUCUUAGGCCAGUUAUUUAUGUGUAAAUAGAAAAAAGUUUACAUUAUAGUAUGGAAAAAGAUAUUGUAUUUUUCUACAAUUAUGUUAAUUUUAUUGAACUAUUUUAUAUAAAGAUUCAUUGUUCAUCAUACGAAUUUAGGCUAAACAAAACCGUCACAAAUUUAUCAGUCUGUGGAAUGAGACAAAAUAACUGUAUGGCCCGUAGCUGUUCCCUUUUAGAAAAACUCAUAGUAUGGUAUUAGUGAGCUUCUGCAAGCCUGUGACAUAGACCAAUAAGGUAUUUGAUUUAUUUGCGUUUAUAAUUUUUAUGAAAUAUGUAUGUCAAAUAAAAUCUAAAACAGAAAUCAUGAA